AUGGCCCGUUGUUGCAAACUUCUAACCGGUUUCCUAUUAUGGGCUCUUUUGAUGCUCUCAUGGUGCGAAGCUUCAAGAAGCAGAGUUGAUAUAUAUGACCAUUCUAACGGGAGGCUAAAAUCCGACAGCAUAAUCAAGCGUAGAGACGAUAUCACGCAUUUGAAAAGCUUCAUGAGAGCCUCUUCGCGGCCUCCAGCUACCGUUAGUGUUUCUGAUUUUGGAGCUAGAGGAGAUGGAAAAACCGAUGACACUCAAGCAUUCGUGAAUGCGUGGAAGAAAGCAUGUUCUUCAAAUGGAGCUGUUAAUCUUUUAGUUCCCAAAGAGAAAACUUAUCUCCUUAAGUCUAUUCGAUUAACUGGUCCAUGCAAAUCAAUUCUUACCGUUCAGAUAUUCGGGACGUUAUCGGCAUCUCAGAAGCGAUCGGAUUACAAAGAUCCCAGCAAAUGGAUUACAUUUGACGGCGUGAACAGUCUAUCAGUCGAUGGCGGCACCUCCGGAACCGUCGAGGGUAACGGAGAAACGUGGUGGCAAAACUCAUGCAAACGGAGUAAUGCUAAGUCAUGCUCAUCAAAAGCUCCAACGGCUCUUACUUUCUACAACUCGAAUAAUUUGAGAGUAAAUAAUCUAAGGGUGAGAAAUGCGCAACAGAUUCAGAUUUCGAUUGAGAAAUGCUCCAACGUCCAGGUCUCAAAUGUUGUGGUAACUGCUCCUGCGGAUAGUCCUAACACUGAUGGUAUUCAUAUCACUAACACCCGAAAUAUUCAAGUCUCCAAAUCCAUCAUUGGAACAGGUGAUGAUUGCAUAUCUAUUGAAAGUGGAUCACAGAAUGUUCGAAUCAAUGAUUUAACUUGUGGCCCCGGUCACGGUAUAAGCAUUGGGAGCUUAGGAGAUGACAAUUCAAAGGCAUUUGUCUCAGGCGUGAUUGUAGAUGGUGCUAGGCUUUCCGGUACAGACAAUGGAGUUAGAAUUAAAACUUACCAGGGAGGGUCAGGAACUGCUAGCAACAUUGUAUUUCAGAACAUUCAAAUGGAGAAUGUGAAGAAUCCAAUCAUAAUCGACCAAGAUUACUGCGACAAGAGCAAAUGCACCGAACAGAAAUCGGCGGUUCAGGUGAAGAACGUGGUGUACCGGAACAUACGCGGCACGAGCGCAUCAGACAUGGCAAUAACGUUUAAUUGCAGCAAGAACUAUCCAUGCCAAGGACUUGUGCUUGACAAAGUGAACAUUAAGGGAGGGGAAGCAAGUUGCAGCAACGCUAAUGUGAUGGACAAAGGCGCUGUUUUGCCUCAAUGCAAAUCCACUUAA